GGCAUGGAGUAUCUCAUCGAUGGGAGCGAUAGAAUCCCAUGCAUGAAAAACUCGCUAGUGAUACUAGCGGAAUAUGAAGAACUCGGUAGUGGUGCUAGCGGGAUACAUUAAAAAAAAAAUUGAAAAAAAUUUGCAAAUAGAGCCUCUAAGAAAAAAGUUUGUAAAGCCACUCCCUUAUGCCAUUUUGCCAUCUACUGUUCUACACAAGUUGGCAGAAGGAGCCGCGAAGGCAACAACAAAAACAGAACAGAAAAGUACAGUGAUUACAAAAGAAAAUUGAGCAUUCCAUGUGUCGUGUCUCUAACUUCCUUUCUUUCCUUUUCUUCAAUUUCUUCCCUUCCAUCAAUUCUCCUGCCAACCCUAACCCUAACCAACACCAACUUCAAAUUCCUUCGAUAACCCAUUCCGAAUUUGACUCAAUUCUCAGCAAAACUCCGCAAAAUUCGGGUUCAGACUUCUGAGAACCCUAAUUUCCGAUGGGAGACCCCCUCCCUCCGCCGCCGUCGUCCUCCGGUGACGACGGCGACCCCUUCGGCACCUGGUACGGCAACAUCGACUACUUGCUCAACAUAUCCGCGAUCGGCUCUGCGUGCUGCCUUCUGAUCUUCCUCCUCGUGAAGCUCCGCAGCGACCACCGCCGCAUGCCGGGUCCCGCCGCCCUCGCCUCGAAGCUCCUCGCCGUCUGGCACGCCACCGGCCGCGAAAUUGCUCGACACUGCGGCGCCGACGCCGCGCAGUUCCUCCUCAUCGAGGGCGGCAGCUGUGCCCUCCUCCUCUCCCUCGCCGCCCUCGCCCUCGCCGUCCUCCUCCCCCUCAACCUCUCCGCCGGCACCGCCCCCCUCGCCGACGGCUUCUCCAAAACCACCAUCACUCACAUCCCCAAAGGCUCCCCCUUGCUCUGGAUCCACUUCCUCUUCGCCGUCCUCGUCGCGGUUAUCGUCCACUUCGGUAUCUCCAUCACCGAAGAGCGACUUCGGAUUACGCGGUUCAGAGACGGGUACGGUAAUUUGAGCGAUCCCACCGUGAAUUCCACUGCUAUAUUCUCUAUUAUGGUUCAGGGCUUGCCCAAAAUCAUAGGUGCUGAUAGGGUAGUGUUGCAUGAGUAUUUUCAGUAUAGGUACCCUGGAAAGGUUUAUAAGGUUAUUGUGCCUAUGGAUUUGUGUGCGUUGGAUGAUUUAGCUAAUGAAUUGUUGCGUGUGAGGGACGAAAUUUCGUGGCUGGUGGCCAGGAUUGACUCUCGGCUUUUGCCGGAGGACGGUGAUGGCGAUGAUGGUGGUGGUGGUGGUGGUGGCCCCACUGGAUUGUGGGGUUUGGUGGUUUGUUGUUGGAAGUGGUUGAAGCGUUUUUUUGUUGAUUUUAGGAGGAGGUUUGGUUAUAGUGAUGAAGAAAGAUUGAGGAAGUUGCAGGAGUUGAGGGCUGAGUUGGAGAGUGAGUUGGCUGAUUAUAAAGAAGGGCGUGCGCCCGGUGCUGGUGUUGCAUUUGUUAUGUUUAGGGAUGUGUAUACUGCUAAUAAGGCUGUUCGGGAUUUUCAGAAUGAGAAGAGGAGGAGAAUUGGCAAGUUCUUUUCGGUUAUGGAGUUGCGGUUGCGGCGGAAUCAGUGGAAGGUUGAGCGUGCUCCCUUGGCGACUGACAUUUAUUGGAAAAACAUGGGGACGCCAAGGAUGUCGCUGAAACUGCGGCGGGUGUUUGUGAACACUUGUUUGUUGCUGAUGCUUUUGUUCUUCAGCUCGCCACUUGCGGUGAUCAGUGCUGCUAAGAGUGCUGGGAGGAUUAUCAAUGCUGAGGCUAUGGAUAAUGCGCAGCUGUGGUUGGCUUGGGUGCAGAGCUCUAGCUGGCUUGCAAGCCUUAUUUUUCAGUUUUUACCCAAUGUGAUCAUAUUUGUUAGCAUGUAUAUAGUGAUCCCUUCAGCUCUUUCGUAUCUCUCGAAGUUUGAACGGCAUUUGACGGUGUCUGGGGAGCAAAGAGCCGUGCUUAUGAAGAUGGUUUGCUUCUUCCUUGUGAAUCUCAUUCUCUUGAGGGGUUUGGUGGAAUCGUCAUUAGAGAGUACGAUCUUGAAGAUGGGGCGGUGCUAUUUGGAUGGAGAAGAUUGCAAGAGGAUUGAGCAGUAUAUGAGUGCUUCGCUCCUGUCCAAGUCAUGCCUCUCCUCACUUGCAUUUCUGAUCACAAGCACUUUCUUGGGGAUUUCUUAUGAUCUCUUGGCACCCAUUCCUUGGAUCAAAAGAAACAUUCAGAAGUUUAGGAAGAAUGACAUGCUUCAAUUGGUGCCCGAACAAAGUGACGAAUACCCUUUAGAACAUCAGGCCAUUGAUAAUCAUAAUAGUCUUCAGAGGCCACUGAUGCAUGACAAUGCUUAUGACAUUGCCAAUGGGGAUAAUGUUGAGGGACAAGAUCUUUUUGUUUAUCCAAUCACUGGAAGCUCGCCUGCUCCCAAGCAGACAUUUGAUUUUGCACAGUAUUACGCCUUUAAUUUGACAAUUUUUGCCCUGACUCUAGUAUACUGUUCAUUUAAUCCCCUUGUGGUUCCUGUUGGUGCCAUUUAUUUUGGGUAUAGAUAUGUGGUUGACAAGUACAAUUUUCUGUUUGUGUAUCGAGUUCGUGGCUUCCCCGCAGGCAACGAUGGGAGGUUAAUAGACACUGUAAUAUGCAUCAUGCGUUUCUGUGUGGAUCUGUUCCUACUUGCCAUGCUCCUAUUCUUCUCAGUUCAAGGGGACUCUACGAAGCUGCAAGCUAUAUUCACUCUUGGAUUAUUAGUCGUGUAUAAAUUACUGCCUUCAAGUAAUGAUAGUUUUCAACCAACUCUUUUGGAGGGCAUUCAAACAGUUGAUAACGUUGUUGAUACUAGGCCAAUUGAUUAUGAGGUCUUUUCACAGCCCAGGUUUGAUUGGGAUACCCCUCAAAUGUGACUCAAGCUUUGAUAUGCAUAGCUUGCUAUCCUAUAACGAUGUAUCUGUUCCCAAUCACGUAUGUAACAGAAAAAAAAAUUAGUGGUGAGGGAUAGGGAUGGGGACAGGGGUCACGCUGGGCCAGGGAAGAGGGUUCCUCUUGUAACUGAUGUUCAAAAUUUGUUAUACACGCAUUUAUGACAUGCCAAUUCUUCUCUUCCUUUUCUUGAGUAAUUCCAAAGCUUGGCCAGGAUGUUAAUAAAUGUACCAUAUCAUUUUUUGUGAAGUUCCUUGCUUUCUAGUU